AUGAAUCAAGCUCUUCGAACUAUGGACAUGAAAGUUUUAAUCAAAAUGGGUUUAUUUUUGCGCGACCUUUGUCAACAAAUAGCAGAUCUGCAUGCAGAACAAGCAAUGUCUCUGGAACCAUUUACUGUUUAUCGAUGUUUAGAAUUAAACACUAGUGAUUUUGAUAAGCUACAACAAAACAAUGAUGGUUAUAUAUCAUUCAAUAGCUUUUUCUUAACCAGUACUGAGCCAGAAUUGGCAAACAGGGUAUGCUCUAACGUCGAACAAAAUACCGGAACAUUGCCUAUUCUCUUUCAAAUCUAUAUCGAACCCGUAACUUCUCCAUUUACACCGUUUGUCUUAUUGAAUCAGUUAAGCUAUGAUACCAAUGUAAAUAAUCAUGUAUUAUUUAGCUUGACUAGUAUUUUCCGCAUCAGCAACAUGGUAAAAACUGAAAGAAAUAUUUGGCAAGUACAAUUGACGGGAAAGAGUGCUGAUAAAGAUUCUCUCAUGGAAUUUCUUACUGAAAAACUGAAUUUAAAAAUGUCAAAAGAAAAAGGUUGGAACCAGUUAGGUCAAAUGAUGCUGGCAAUGCAAGAACUAAGACGCGCUGAAGAAUUGUACAAAGUCCUACUCGAAUCGGUUGAUAAAAGCAAUGAGAAAGAAAUUAUUCUUCUUUAUAAUAAUCUGGGUACUAUAAAAUUUAAGAAUGGUAGUUAUAAUGAGGCUGAGUUUUUCUUUGAACAAGGACUUGAAAUCCAAAAGAAAAUUUUACCACCAGAUCACUCCGAACUUGCUUCAUUAUAUAACAGUAUUGCAGUUACAAAUAGCAAAAUGGGAAAAUUACAAUAUGCACUCUCGUACUAUCAAAAAGUGCUUGAAAUUCAAGAAGAAACUCUUCCUUCUAACCAUCCAGACUUGGCGAUCACUUACGACAAUAUGGGCCUUUUGAAUUCUAAAUUAGGAAACUAUUCAGCUGCACUUUCAUACCAUCAAAAAGCUUUACAGAUCAACGAACAAGUAUUACCUUCCAAUCAUCUUGAUCUUGCAAUCAAUUAUAAUAAUAUUGGAUUACUUCAUAAACUCAUGGAAAAUUAUUCGGUUGCGCUCUCAUUCUUUCAAAAAGCUAUUCAAAUCAAUGAACUUAUUUUAAGUCCUGAUGAUCCUAACCUCGCCGCAACCUAUGACAAUAUUGGCGUCGUUUAUCAACAUAUGAAGCUAUUUGACAAAGCGCUCUUGUUUUAUGAAAAGGCUCUCAAAAUCAACGAAAAAGUUUUACAUUCAACCCAUCCUGAGCUAUCUAUUACCUACAUCAACAUUGGAGAUAUAAAGAUUUACAUGGGAAGCUUUUCUGAUGCAAUUUGGUUUUAUCAAAAAGCACUUGGAAUUCAGCAAGCAUCUCUCCAUUCUGAUCAUCCUGACAUUGCUCUCACAUAUAAUAGAAUUGGCAAUGUCUAUCGGAAUACAGAAGAAUUCUCCAAUGCACUAUCAUUCUAUGAAAAAGCGCUUCAAAUUCAAAAAAUAUCUUUGCCACCUAACCAUCCUAGUUUUAUUGCUACCUACAUGAAUCUUGGUGAACUACAUUACGUAAUUGGAAAGUAUCGGACUUCACUAUCGUAUUUUGAACACGGAUUGAAAAUCGCCGAACUGUCAUUACCAGAAAAUCAUUCGGUGAUGAAGGAUCUACGACAAUAUAUUGCUCUUUUGGAAAAGGAAUUAUAA